AUGACAUAUCGAGACCCACAACGUGGUGAAAUUUCACCGGCGCAUGGAACGCCACUGCGCAACGUUCGGCCAUCACGGCAAGUAUCAAAUAUUGCCGAUCCACUUCGCAUCAGUCCCAGCACUGUCGCAAGACAUGAGAACGACGAUGAAUAUAUGUCGCCUACCUCUUUAUCUAAUAACCACUCUCCAAUCUAUCGCAAUAAUGUUCCUGCCAACCACAGUGGUUUUGGUGGGGAUGAGGGCAGUGAGUCCAACUUCAAUGUUGUGAUUCGUGUUCGUCCACCGGUGCAACGCGAAUUGAACGGCUAUCGACCAUAUGUCGAUGUUGUACGCAUCCCAAAUGACAGUCGCUCCAUCACGCUCUGUGAGACGCUGGACACGGAGGAUGGUCGUGGCGGAGUGUACUCCCGGCAGACCUUUACAUUUGACUACGUUUAUGACAAACAAACUCUGCAAUCUGAAGUGUAUGAACGCAGCGCCCAACCAGCGGUCUUCUCGGUGAUGCAGGGGUACAACGCCACACUCAUGGCGUAUGGCCAGACUGGGACUGGGAAGACAUACACAAUGGAGGGAUUUACAAGUGAAGACCAGCGGGGUAUCAUUCCCCGUGCAAUUGAAGAAGUGUUUACAUCUAUCGAGGUGAGUCGUCAUGAGAACAUGCGUUUUUUGGUUCGUGCGUCGUACAUGCAGAUAUACAAUGAGGUUAUUUCGGACCUGUUGAAGCCCACCACUGCGCGCUCCCUCGUAGUGCGGCACACACCGCAGCGUGGGGUGUACGUUGAAGGCCUCUCGGAGUGGGUUGUCCGCUCCCCGCACGAUGUUUACGGCCUCAUCGAACGUGGCACAUCGCUGCGUGCGACAAGCGCCACAAAGAUGAGUGAACUGUCGUCGCGCUCUCACGCCAUGUUCACUAUCAUUGUGGAGGUGAUGGAAGGGGAUGAAACGAGCCCCACCUCGUACCGCGUCGGCAAGCUUAACAUCGUCGAUCUUGCCGGCAGUGAGAAACUACGACAGGUGGGGGCCACAGGUCAGCGUCUCGAGGAGACAAAGAAAAUCAAUAAAUCCCUGCAUGAGCUCGGCAACGUCAUAUCGGCUCUCGCAAAUAAAAGUGGCGGUCGUAAUCGGCAUGUGCCGUUUCGAAAUUCCGUCUUGACAAGUGCCUUGCGGGACUCUCUUGGCGGCAACUGCAAGACGACACUUAUCGCCUGCAUCUCCCCCGCUCUGGAGUCGUACACGGAGUCCCUCUCCACGCUUGUUUUUGCCAACCGGGCAAAGAACAUCAAGAACACCGCCUUCAUCAAUGAAGACUUGGACCAGUCGACGCUGCUGCGCAAAUAUGAACGGGAAUUAAAGACGCUCCGACAGCAGCUUCAGGAGCGUGAUGCCACAUCGCAGCAGGCCGGCGGAGGCGUUGACCCAUGCAUACUAUUGGAGCUGCGACAAGGCAUGCGUCGUGCGGAGGAAGACCGUGAGGCUGCACUGGAGGCUUUACAUGAGUCUUCGCGUGCCCACCAGGAGGAGUUGGUGGUGCGGAAACGCUUUGAGGAGCGCAUUCAAGAACUGGAGAUGAUGCUACAAAACGGUGGCUUUAAAGGAGUUCCCCGCACGUCGGAUGAGUACGCACUGCGACUCGACGAGCUCGACCGUGAGCGGCAAGUCAUGGAGGAGGAAAAGGCGCAAGUUGAUCGAUACAAGCAGCUACUACUGAAACAGCGCGAUAUUAUGCUGAACCUCACGACACGAUUGAACGAACGGGAUGAGAUGAUCCUGCAGUUGCAGGAAGAAAUUGACGCAUACGAUACACACAUCCAGACGCUGGAGGAGGCGUUGGAGGCACUGCAGCGGCAGCAACAACAACAACAACAAAAACCAGAGCCGAAUGGAAGUUCCAAAAGCUAUUUCUCUACGCCUUUUUCAAGGGCGCGGGCCGAAGAAUAUUUGCAGCGGACACGUGUCCAAAACGGAGACGAGGGCGGUGAAUUACGGUAUCGGUCUGACGCCAACCCUGCUGUUUUGCUCACGGCCGAGGAGAAGAUGCUGGAGUUGCUGCUUGCGUUUCCCCACGUGCCGUCCAUGGCACCACAACAACCGACAAUUCAAGUAAACGAAGAUAUGAAGCGUCAGCUUAUUGAACUUGUGCGGGAACGCGCGGAGAAAAUGGUUCAACGACAGAUUGACGAUUACUUCUGGCAGCAGUGUCGGGAGAUGGAGUUACUCAAGAGUCAACUACUGGAGAGUGAACAAAAAAGCAACGUCCUUGAGCAAUUACUGAAGGGCGUCAAGACGCAACAUCCUCCUUUUCAAGACGUGUUUGCUCGCACACGGCGUCAUAUCGAUGAACAGCAAGAGAUGGUACGUAAGACGUACGAGGGUCGCAUACAGGCGUUACAGCAGCAACUAACACAGGAGCGUGAACAACGCUUGCGGCUCAUGAAUGAAGUCGAUGUGUUGUCUAUGGAGUCGAGGAAGGCGCUGGAGCGCUGCACCAAUGCGGCCCAGCGGGUGGAGAUGAACAAUGUGUGCAUGGCACUGCAACAGUUAGAGGAGCGUAUUCGCACUGAAACGAAACAUGGUAUCGAGGCGGCGGUACUAGCACGUGUGCCGGCCGCGCGUGACAGUAGUCAUGGAAAUAAUGUUAAUAGCCAUGGUGGUAUGAUUCAUGUUCACGGUAAUAAUAAUAAUAGUAAUAAUGGUAGGGAUAUUCAUGGUCAUAACACUGCGGGUGUUUCUUCUGCCACAUCGUCAACAUCGGCGGUGUCACCGGCGCUAGCGACGGUUACAAAUGAGUUAGAGGGACAAUUAAAGGCAUUGCAGAGCAGCCAUGCCAAAAAGGAGGAGGAAUGGCGUCGCGCGCUACAGGAAAAAGAUGCCACCGUAAGCCAGCUGGAAGAGCGGCUGCAUGCCGUCCAUGUCGAUAUGAGUGAGGAGAUCGCUACUCUCACAAAGUCCCUCAAUACGCACAAAAAAGAUCGUCGUGCUUUGCAGACCAUUAUGGAGCAGCGUGUAAAGGUGAAGAUUGACACCAUAUGUGAAUUGGUCGCCGCAGGGCCGCAACUGCCGCCGCAGGAGCAAAUUCGUCUCUGCAACGAGGUGCGAGUCCUGCAAAAUUUGGUGAAUGCGUCCAUAAAGGCGAUGGAGUCAUGA